AUGAGCGCGCAGCAACCCCACGGAGGAGGCCAGGCGCUCGCCUCGAUGGGCGCCGUCUCGGGCGCCAUCACCCCCAAGCUCUCUGCCAUCGGCAAGGCCUUCUUCCAGAACUCGCUCGACGCCAGCAACGAACCCGGCACCCUCAAACGCGAACGCGCCGAUAGCCUCAAGCAGCUCUUACCACCGCCCCCAGCCCGGCGAACCAAGUCCAAGGAAGCGCCAAAGCCAGCACCGAUUGUCACGUCGGGUCUGGACCGUACAGCAGAGUCGGCCCCAAGUUCGCUCUCGUCGGCGCGCGGCAGCGAGAAAAGCAAUCCACGCCGGUGGUCCAAGGCAGAAGACGAGUCGCUCCGCCUGGCUGUCGAGCGAAGUGGCGAGCGCAACUGGAAAGCGAUUGCCGAUCAAGUCGCAGGUCGCAACCACACGCAGUGCUUGCAGCGAUGGACCAAGGUCCUCAAGCCAGGGUUGAUCAAAGGCCACUGGACGCCAGACGAAGAUGCGAAGCUCAAGAGUUUGGUCGCAGAAGGGCGCAAGAACUGGGGCCAAGUCGCGGCUCAAAUCGCCGGCCGAACGUCCAAGCAGUGCCGCGAGCGCUGGUGCAACCACUUGGACCCGAACAUCAACAAAGGCAACUACACCAAGGAAGAGGACGACCUCAUCAUCGACAUGCAAGCCAAGCUCGGGAACCGCUGGUCCGUGAUUGCACAGCGCCUCGUGGGGCGCACGGAAGAUGCGGUCAAGAUUCGCUGGAAAUCACUGAUGCGCAGCCGCCGGCCCAAGGACGUCAAGGACGAGAAGCUCGACGAGAACAGCGACUCGAGCGACGAGAGUGAGCGGCGGACGCUCUCGUCAAGCGCCGCGACGCCGAUCGCGACGCCACACAGCAGGGCGAAAGGCGUGGCCAAGAAGCCCGACUUGAUGAUGGCGCCGCCCGAGCCAAAGACCGCUGCCCGCGCACCGAUGUCACACAAGGCCAUGCCUGCGAGCAACUAUCUGCCGUCGCGGCCGCUGCCGGUGCAUGCCUCGUACCCGCACCACAGUGUUCCGCCGCCACCGCGCCCGGCCUCGUUCUUCCUCCCCGGGCAGUCGACGCAGCCGCCGCCCUCGGCCAUGAACGCACGCCACCCCGAGCAUGACACGGCGCGGCCACCGUACCCACAGCCGUCGUCGGCCGCAGCGCCAUACUAUCCGCGGCACCCGGACGCCCAUCGCCACGGGCCGUCGUCGUCGUCGAUGCAAGGGUAUCCGCCACAAAUGCUUCAUGCGUACAUGCAGCCGCCACCACACCACCAGCACAACCAAGCACCGUCGCUGCAAGCGUACCCGUCCAAUGCCAAGGCGGGCACCAUGUACCGUGCGUACGCCUCGUACGGACCUGGCGCACCGCCGCCGCCGUCGUCGUCGUACGGCUAUGACCAGCAACCGCACCCGCCGCUGCACCACCCGCAAGCCUUUUACGCGCCGCACGCGCCGCCGCUGCUGCCGAGCCGGCUGAAUACGCCGCGCGAAGAGUGGGGCACGUCCAACACGCCGCGGUCGCAGCUCAUUUUGAACGAGGGCCAAGCGUCCGACUACGAGCUCUUCCACCAGCAACGCCUUCGGCUCAUGGUCCAGGAACGCGAGCGGCACGGACCCGCGCUGUCGCCGGCCGCGUCGCCCGGGCAGGCCAUGCUCACGAAAGAGCUCGAGGCCAACAAGGAGCGACAGAAGCGUCAAGCCAUCAUGCAGAACGGCUGGAAGCACGCGGUCGUUGCGUCGUCCGAAGCCGCGGACCUGAGCAAACCGCCGAGCGAGUUUGAGGAGCGCUACGAAGGCUUCUUAGAGAAGGCGCCCAACCUCGCCGAGAUAGACCCGACAGACGAAGAGUACACGGUGCCGCUGCCGGCCGUCGAGUAA